GGACUCCUCCUGUUUCCUCUGACUCCGGACGUGCCCGCGGCCGCCCCGACCUCCUCAGAGCCCCAACCCCUUCUUCUUCUUCCUCCUCCUUAUUUCCAUCUAUUCUUCUUUGGGGAGCUCGCGACGGACGGGAUCGGGCGACCGAAACACACCGUGUUGGGUCGGGGCCAGAUCGAUCGAGGCGCGGGGGGUGGAAUCGUCCGAGUCGAGGAGGUGGGCAGGGGAUGACGUCGGGGACGAGGAUGCCGACGUGGAGGGAGAGGGAGAACAACCGGCGGAGGGAGCGGCGGCGGCGGGCGGUCGCGGCCAAGAUCUACACGGGCCUGCGGAUGUACGGCAACUACAAGCUUCCCAAACACUGCGACAACAACGAGGUUCUCAAGGCCCUAUGCGACGAGGCCGGAUGGUCCGUCGAGCCCGACGGCACCACGUAUCGCAAGGGGUGUAAGCCUCCAGCAGAGCAUAUGGAUAUAGUAGGCGGUUCAAAUUCACACAGCCCAUACUCUUCUAACCAGCCAAGCCCAUGUACUUCAUACAACCCCAGCCCCGCCUCUUCAUCCUAUGCAAGUCCUGCAUCUUCAUCCUACAUUGUAGCUACAAACAAUUCUAUCAAUGCUGCUGAUGCAAACUCCCUCAUCCCAUGGCUUAAGAAUCUUUCAUCGGCUUCCACCAGUGACCUAACCAGGUUUCUACACCAACAUCCUUUCUCCAUGCAUGGUGGGUCGAUAAGUGCUCCUGUAACUCCACCACUGAGUUCCCCAACUGCUCAGACUCCCCAUAUCAAGUGUGACUGGGAUGGUUCAAAUGCUCAACCAUCAUGGACCAAUACAAGCUACACUUUCCUACCGAAUUCGACUCCACCGAUUCAUGGUCAUCAAGUCAUUCCAGAUCCUGCUUGGAUUGCUGGACUCCAAAUCGAGACCGUGUCUCCUUCAUCUCCCACCUUCAGCCUUGUUUCAUCAAACCCAUUCAGUUUUUCAGGUGGGGGGUCCUCGAGAAUGUGGACACCGGGGCAGAGUGGUACCAGCUCCCCCGCCUUACCUGGUAUGCCGCACAACGUUGGUAUUCAGAUGUCCGAUGGCAUUUCUCAAGAGUUUGCAUUUGGUAGCAGCGCCACUGAUGAUAACCCAAUAGCGACAUUAGUGAAGCCUUGGGAGGGGGAGAGAAUCCAUGAGGAAUGUGGAUCAGAUGACCUGGAGCUUACUCUUGGAAGCUCAAGGACCAGAGCUGAUUCCUGAUUGAUCUGAAGAGACUUCAUACUCUGGAAACACUAUAUAAGCUCAUGUUAUUAUCCAUUCUCUGAUGUUUCCACAGAGAGAGAGAGAGAGACACAGGAGACCAUCUAAUGGUUUCGACCAAACAGCCUCCAUCCCUCUUUCAGGUAGUUGACAUUUUUUCUUUUUUAUCUUUAAGUUGGAAGUAUUUAAAUGCCACUAUGGUGGAUGCCAAUUGACAAAAUUGCUACUGCCCAAUGUGCUCUCCCACUGUGUAAUCAAUCUUCAUUCAAGCUAUCAAGUAACAUUCUGGUUAAGUUA